UCUCCACUCCCUCUCUGUGCUCCUCCAAACACAUCUAUCUCCUCUGUGAGAACGAAGGAAACGAAAAAGAUGGGGAGAAACGAACUGUGCAUAACCGUACCCAAUCUCUUCCGCUGCCCGAUAUCUCUCGACGUAAUGAAGUCUCCCGUUAGUCUCUGCACCGGCGUCACAUACGAUCGUUCUAGUAUUCAGCACUGGCUCGAGUCCGGACACGACACUUGUCCCGCCACGAUGCAGGUCCUUGCCACCAAGGACUUCAUACCCAACCUCACUCUCCAUCGUCUCAUCAACCUCUGGACACAAUCCUCCACUCGCCGCCCUGACUCCGGCAACUCUACGCCUAAGGCGACCACCGUCUCGGAGCAGCAAGUUGGAAUUUGGAUUGAGGAGAUUAAGAGACUAAGACUUGAAUCGCUGGGGAAGAUGGUGGAGUUCUUGAGAUAUUCUGACGAGAAUAGAACAUUUUUUGUUCGCUUUGAUGGUCUUAUAGAGGCGAUUGUCGUUGUUUUGAGGAGAGAUGGAGUAGAGAUUCAUAUUUUGGAGUUGAUUUUUCGGGUUUUGGAUUUGAUUUUGCUUCAAAAUGGAAUCAGGGAAAAACUGCACAGAUUAGUCUUCAAAAGCAAUCAAAAUUGCUUAUCUUCGUUUCUUUCCGUUAUCCAAAAUGGAAGAUCCAAAUCGAAAAUCCAAGCCGUUAGAGUUCUGGAGUCAAUUUCGAUCAAUAACGAAACCAAACGCUUCGUCGCAGAAACGCAUAAUCUCAUGCCAGUUCUUUUUCAUCUCCUCAAAACAGAGAACGAUCCGGCCUUACACGACUCAGUUUUAUCUCUCUUGAUCUCAAUCGCCGUAACUCGCUCAAUCAAGAUUCAAAUCGUCCAGCUCGGACUCAUUGAAGUCCUAUCUGAAACUCUCUGCAACAAAAACGUAACCGUUUCACUCGUGGAGAAAUCCUUAAAGCUGUUAUCAAUUGUUUCGACGUGCACGGAAGGUCGAAAUGCAAUAAGCGAGGACCCGAAAUGCGCGGAGUGUAUGGUAGAGAGAUUAAUGAAGGUGUCGAAAGCGGCAACGGAGGAUGUUGUAGUGGUGCUAUGGAGUUUGUGCUGUUCGUUCAGGGACGGGAAGAUGCAGGAGAAGGUGAUGAGGUGCAAUGGGUUGACCAAGUUGUUGCUGGUAAUGCAGAGUGAAGGGGAAGGGAAUGUAAGGAGGAUGUGUGCAGAUUUGGUGAAGGUUUUGAGAGUUGGGUGCAAGGAUGGUGGGGUGCUGAUGAGCUAUGAGACGAAAACGACACAUAUCAUGCCUUUUUAGAUUUGUAAUUCCGAACAGUGCCAUAUUUGAUUUUUUAUGAUUUUAGGGAGGAUGUGAAUUGGUGUUUUUGUUGACAUUAACAUACAUUCAACAAAGAAAAAAAAAAAUUCUUUUCCAAU